UAAAUACACGUUAAAAAAAAAUAAAAAAAUAGAGUGAGUUGUAUCUUUAUUGGCUGUCCCGAGAAUCUGGUUGUAAAUCACUUUCCCUAGCUACUUAAAAAACACUUAAAAACACUGUUUAAAUAGCGUAAAUUACUUGGUAAUUUGGGGAGGAGAGAUUGCUAGAUAGUGUUCCACAAAUUCUCUGCUUUUAACUUUCACUCUGAAACUCAAUGUACCGUGUUAAUAAUUCUUUGUUCUACUCCAGUGUGGUGUUUAAUGAUUGUUGGCCAACACCUUUGGGGUUGGGCAAGUUGGCUGGCAUGUUAAACUCUUCUCCUUCACCUUCUUUUUAAUCCCAUAAGCACAGGGUGCCAAAUUCGUAAGAUAGAACAGAUUAAUGUAAAAUUAAUGCUCCCUUCUAUUUUUGUGUUCUAACUAACAUUUUUCCUCUUGGCAUUUGUAAAAAUAUAUGUAUAUAUUUCCUUUAUAAAAUGCGGGCACAUACUCAUUCAUUUGCAACCUUGCUUUUGCACUUACUGUUAUCUUGGAGACUGCUUGGUAUGUUGGACGUAGCAUAAGCCGAUGCUAAUGCAUUGUUUCCUUUCUUUUCUAUUAAAAACCAAACCAGACCUUUGGAUAGCCUUGCUUCACAUUCUGUUUUGUGUAUAUAUCAUUCCUAUGAAAAACAAAAUCGAAUCACCCAGAAGUUGAAAAACCUGACCUGUUCUGUUCCCCUGGACCUGGAUCUGAGUAAGGGCCACUGAAGUGUUAGGUGUUAGCAUAUGAAAGUGUUUACCAGUGUCCUAGGGCAGAUCUUUUGUUGAGAAGCUGGGGCCUACUCCUAGAAGUUGCUCUUAAAUUCUCUAAAAGCCCAUAGUACCCAUGAGCUAAAAGUGUUUAUUUACCUUGAGUUUAGUAAGGUUUCUUCCAUUGUGGGUUUGCCUUUUCCUGUAGUGGACCAUAUGUAGAUAAUCAGAAUUACUUCAUGAUACGUGGUUCUUUGGAAUUAAAAUCUGUGUACUUUUUACUUUUUUUUAAGGGUGAACAAAAAAGUUCUUUUUUUUAAAAAAAAUUAAUGUUUAUUUUAUUUUUGAGAGAGAGACAGAGUGUGAGCAGGGAGGGGCAGAGAGAGAGGGAGACAUAGAAGCUGAAGCAGGCUCCAGGCUCUGAGCUGUCAGCAUAGAGCCCAACGUGGGGCUCAAACCCACGAACUGUGAGAACAUGACCUGAGCCAAAGUCAGAUGCUCAAAUGACUGAACCACCCAGGCGUCUGGAACAAAAAGACUUCUAUUUUAUUCAGAAGUACUUUGAUCAAUCACAUGAUCGUGUACUAUGUAACCAGUAUCAGUUUGAGAAGGACAUUGAUUUAGUGCCUAGCAAACCCUGGAACUCCAAAUAAAUGUCAUUUGUUUUCUCCUUACCAACUAGAGGUCUCAGAGAGUGUCAGAGUGUGGUUUGAAUAUAUCCCAAUGUAGCUUAAUUUGGACUUAAUUUUGAUUAUAAAUAUUUGUAUUCCUUUUGAGUCAAAAUCCUGUGUAAGGAAAUUUAAGAAGUUCUUUAUAUUGUCAUUAUGUAUAAUAUUGCUGUAUAUGAAGAUCUUCCUAUCCCCCCCCCCCCCCCCGUAGUUCUCAUGAUAUCUAAUCAAGCCCAAAUGUAAGAUCUAGAGAAGGUAUUAAAAACGGGAGUGCUUAUUGGCAUGACGAACCUCUUUGGCCCUCACUGUGGGUCAGUUAGAGGGGUGUUGUGCUUUUUGAGGUGAUCAGGAAUAGUUCAGGUUGUAGGAGUAGCCUAGGGAUAGAAGAUAGGCCUUCUGUGUUAGAAGCAUGUGCCAAACUUAAAUGGAUUUUGCCUUCAGAAAAUGUUAUGGAUUGACUUUUCAAGUGUGAGUACUAUUGUGGACCUAGCUGUCAACAUGUCAAAACCAAUGUGAGGGACUAUAAUUUUUUAGUACUUCAUGAUGAACCCUUAAGGUUAUGACACUACGUCUACAGUUUGCUAGGCAGUGAUUGAUUUAUUGAUUGACAGGAAACAGUUUAUUGUGCCCAGGUCAGCAGGGCAAAGGACAGUUGAUGGAGCAGCUUUGAAUUCUGUCAGCAGCUCAAGAGAUGUCAGCGUUCCAACAUGAAGAACUCCGCUUCCUUCAUUUGGGUUAUGGGAAGUUGAAAUACUGCCUUGUGGUUCUGAAUCAGCCAGUGGACAAAUGUGUUCGUCAUCUUUGGAGCAAAGCUCUUUUAAGAGCCUGUGCUGAUGGAGGUGCUAACCGCCUAUACGAUACCACGGAAGGAGAGAGGGAAAGCUUUUUGCCUGAAUUCAUCAGUGGAGACUUUGAUUCUAUUAGGCCUGAAGUUAAAGAAUAUUAUGCUGUUAAGGGAUGUGAGAUUAUAUCAACGCCUGACCAAGACCAUACUGACUUCACCAAGUGCCUUGAACUGCUCCAAAAAAAGAUAGAGGAAAAAGACCUACAGGGAAAGCACAAAUUGCAUGUAGAUACUGGAAUGGAAGGCGACUGGUGUGGCCUUAUUCCUGUCGGACAGCCUUGCUAUCAUGUCACCACAACGGGCCUGAAGUGGAACCUCACAAAUAACGUGCUUGGUUUUGGAACACUGGUCAGUACUUCCAAUACCUACGAUGGAUCUGGUGUCGUGACCGUGGAAACGGACCAUCCGCUCCUCUGGACCAUGGCCAUCAAAAACUAACCCCGCACCUGGCAUCCAUAGCUGUGCCUCUGACUUACCUCAUUUGCCACCGACUUCUCGCUCAACAAGAACAGUUCACCUUGGUUUACAGAAAUGAAACCUCUCCACGGGAAGCCCACUAGUUUUCAAGAUAUUGAUGUUUAGAUAACCCAGGUAACACAAAUGGCAGAUCUCAAUUUUACAGCGAGGGAGAAAAAAUCAUUAUUUGUUAAAGUAAAUAAGCUCUACGACAUUCAGUUGGAAAACUAAUGUGGAUCAUUCCACUAUAACAUUCAGUACUGUUAUGUUACUAAUCAUUACAUUUAUCCUAGAAAAUUUUUUUUUAAUUUUGAAGCUGAGAAAGUUCUCUGCUGAGGGUUCUUGGUGUUCAACACAUAAGCCUUCUUCUGCCCGUCCUUAAAUCCAUACCCCAAAGGCUACUUCUGAGUGUCUAUUCAUGCUAGAUUCCUCUGUAUAAUAUAGGAAAAAAUUCCUUUCAGAUUGGGAUGUUAGAACCACACCAUUUCACCCUGGCCCCAUUACUGUCUUGGUAUUAUGAUCUUUUAAAAGUAAAUCGAGAAGCAUUGACCUAAUUAUUAAGUUUGAAAACAGGCAGUUAUGUAAGCUCCACGUGAAGGGAGACACAGCGUGGAAGGUGAGAGGUCAGAAAGCCCCACUGACACAGUCACCCCAAGCUCAGCUCCUCAGCGAGCAUGCUACCCUUUAGCGGAGUGACAGGUGAAAACCGCCCUUGUCACAUUUACAACCAAGCCUGAAAACGUGCAGAGGACAUCUACGCAUGCAAACUGAAUGGUUUCCGACAUUACUCAGACUGAAAAAGCAGUGGUUCACAGACCCCACGUUUAUGCAGAGGACCAGGAAAGGAGUUUGACAACCCGUGGGGAUAAGUGAGCACUGCGUACUGAGGAUCUGGGUCUGAAAGCCUGAGUUCCUGUCCCUGUCCAGCCGUUCGCCCAAGUUCCUGAACCUGCUCCUUAGCCAGAAAGUGGAAGGGGCUGCACGGAGGGUGCCUGAGCUUCCUUCCCACAGUCAGAGUCUAGACGCUGACACCUGCCCAUUACCAGGCAGAGAAUGCACAGGGUUGCUGACUCAGCAAUUUAAACACCUGGGGCCCUGGGAUUCAUCCGUGUUUCUAACGAGACCCUCUUCUCUCUUCUUACCCUUUCCUGAACGAUUUACCAAACCAAAUGUUGCCGUACAAACCGUGACAUAGGAACCCCCCCCACCGCCAUGUUUUAUGUACACACAUCCCCGUCCUGCUGCGAGGGAGCAGCAGCUCUUUCCUUCCUGGUGUUGAGACAAAGCAAGAGUCAGGUUUGAAGUGGAGAAUAGAAGGGGGAUCAGCUGAACCAGCGUGCAGUUGUGAACAGCUUACCUGAGAGGUCAUUUUUAGUUAUUAUGCAAAUACAUGAGAUUGAAAUCCGAUGUCAAAUAAAAUUAUUUAGUUACCCACGUA